GUAGCAGAAGCUCCACAAGUCCACAACACCUUCUGCUCCUGCCUCGCCGGCCGCCGCCGCGUCCCGGCUAGCCCGAAGGAACUCCGCCGCAAAUACAGCUAUGAGCUCAGCCGCUUCCGCGGCGCCACCUAGCCGCCGCACUAGGAGCCGCCCGCCAUCAGCUUCUUCUCGCAAGUCUGACGACUCCUCGGCCGCCGCCGCCAACGGGAAUGGGAACAGGAAGGUCGCAACCAAGCCCGCCUCCCCCCACCAGCUCACGGGGGAGAGGACAGUGAAGAAGUUACGGCUCUCCAAGGCACUGACGAUACCGGAGGGGACGACGGUGUUGGAUGCGUGCCGGCGGAUGGCGGCGAGGCGGGUCGACGCCGUGCUGCUCACCGACAACCAAGGGCUCCUCUCCGGCAUAGUCACCGACAAGGAUAUAGCUACAAGGGUGGUUGCUGAGGGGCUUAGGGUGGAGCAAACCAUCAUGUCCAAGAUCAUGACACGAAAUCCUGUUUAUGUGAUGUCUGACACGCUCGCCAUUGAGGCUUUGCAGAAGAUGGUUCAAGGGAAAUUUAGACACCUUCCCGUUGUAGAAAAUGGUGAGGUUAUUGCUAUGCUGGACAUUGCAAAAUGCCUUUAUGAAGCAAUAGCAAGACUGGAAAAGGCUGCAGAACAAGGAAGUGCAAUAGCAGCUGCUGUUGAAGGGGUCGAACGUCAAUUAGGAGGGAACUUUUCAGCUCCUUCUGCUCUCAUUGAAACUCUAAGGGAGAGGAUGUUCAAACCUUCUCUGUCAACCAUCGUCACAGAGAAUACAAAAGUAGCAAUUGUUUCGCCUACAGAUCCUGUGUGUGUAGCAGCACAAAAAAUGCGAGAGUUUUGUGUUAAUUCAGUGGUUGUCUCUACAGGAAACACAUUGCAGGGGAUCUUUACCUCAAAAGAUAUACUUAUGCGUGUUGUGUCACAAAAUAUUUCCCCUGAGUUGACUCUAGUAGAAAAGGUGAUGACUGUUAACCCAGAUUGUGCCACAUUAGAAACAACAAUUCUUGAUACAUUACAUAUAAUGCAUGAUGGCAAAUUCUUGCAUAUUCCUGUUAUUGACAAAGAUGGACAGAUUGCUGCUUGCCUGGAUGUCCUGCAACUUACCCAUGCAACUAUUCAAUUGGUUGAAGGAGGGAAUGGAACUGUGAAUAAUGUCGCAAACUCGGUAAUGCAGAGGUUCUGGGACUCUGCUCUUGCAUUGGAGCCUCCAGAUGAGGAAUUUGAUAGCCAUAGCGAGGUAUCCUUACUCCUGCAGUCAGAGGCUGGAGAUGGAAAGAGUAGUGUUUAUCCCCCUGUGGUUGGCAAUUCGUUUUCCUUUAAGCUCCAAGACCGAAAAGGCCGUGUGCACAGAUUUACUUGUGGCUCAGAGAGCUUGGACGAGCUUGUGUCUUCUGUAAGACAAAGAUUAAGUAUUGCUGAUGAAAAAGAAGCUGUGCAACUCUUGUAUGAAGAUGAUGAAGGUGACCGAGUGCUGCUGACAACAGAUGCCGAUCUUGCUGGUGCACUGCUGCAUGCCAAAUCAUCUGGGUUGAAGGUGCUGAAGUUGCACAUCGAAGACCCUAGUUUGAACACUGAAGUGACAAAACCAUCCCAAGAGCUGGCACCACCUCCCCUCAAGAGUGGGAUAUCGAUGGUUCAUGUUGGGUUAACGGCCGGUGUAGUCGCUCUCAGUGGCGCAGCAGUGAUGGUUUACUUGAAACGAUCUCAACUGUGAUUUCGAAAAUCGGAGGAUGUUUUUUAGGAGCUUGAUUAUCUGAAACAAGCAUUGCCAUCAGCUAAUGCAUUCUGAAGCUUUGCCUUCACUCGGUGCCAUUUACAAGCUAAGAACUGAAGGAAUGUACAGAAAUGAAGACCACAUCUGUGAUCUUUUGAUGAGCUGAAAGUCCGUACAGGCCACGGGACAAGAUCACUGUUUUUGGAGGUGAAUUUCUGGGCAGAACGGCGUGCCUAUCUUUGUUCAUUCAGCACAAGCCGUGGCAAUUUCACGACUAUGAUGUAAUGUGUAAACAUUACAUAUUUGUUCCUAUUCAUACUGAUGUAUUUGUUUGUAGAUAAAAACUCAUUUCACAUGACACUAUUGUUUGAGAA